UGAGGUGUGUGUGUGUGUGUGUGUGUGUGUUUGUUUGCGUUUGCGUGUUUUCCUGGAAGCAGAGCGCCAUCUUAGAUCAACAUGGAGGGGGGUUUAAACGGGAAAACACAAGGAGAAAACUAUUCUUCCGGCUAAUAACUGUUUCGUCAAAAAAAAAUGAUUUACUUCAAUUUGUGAUAUUAUAUCUGUCUAUAUAUUUUUAAAAAAAAAUUAAAAAGGGACAUAAGCCAGCUGGAGCGAUUGCUUUUUAAUUUUUUUGUAAACCUAGUUUGUUUUGUUUAUGUGUUAGCAAAGCUAGCUAACCUUCACUUCCAGUCGGAUAUGGCGUCUUCCAAUCCAGACAUGCCCGACGUGUCUCCUCUGGGGAUGUCCGUGUCAGCCGGAUCUCACGCCAGCGCCGGAGCCGUUGUGCCGAAAGGCAGUAACAAACGAGCCGCCAGCUCCGACUUUGAUGAUGAUGAUGGAGGGAAGCUCUUCAGGUGUGACGAUGACUCGGGCAACUCGAACGACAAGGAGCGAUUCGCAAGGGAGAAUCACAGUGAGAUCGAGCGACGCAGGCGCAACAAGAUGACCGCCUACAUCACGGAGCUGUCGGAGAUGGUGCCCACGUGCAACGCGUUGGCACGGAAACCGGACAAGCUCACCAUUCUGCGCAUGGCUGUGUCCCAUAUGAAGACUCUGAAGGGCAGCGGCAACACAAGCACAGACGGCACAUACAAGCCGUCCUUCCUCACUGAUCAGGAGUUGAAGCACCUGAUACUGGAGGCAGCGGACGGGUUCCUGUUCGUGGUGUCGUGCGAGAGCGGGCGUGUGGUUUACGUCUCUGACUCGGUCACGCCGGUGUUGAACCAGGCUCAGUCCGAUUGGCUCGGCUUGUCUGUGUAUGAUCAGCUCCACCCCGAUGACAAGGACAAACUGAGAGAACAGCUGUCCACUUCUGAGAACAACAACAACAACAGCGGCCGCAUGCUGGAUCUGAAGACAGGCACAGUGAAGAAGGAGGGAAGCCAGACGUCUGUGAGAAUGAGCAUGGGGGCGCGUCGCUCCUUCAUCUGCAGGAUGAGGUGUGGUUCAUGUCCUGUGGAGCCCAUAUCCAUGGACAGACUCAGCAUUCUGAAGAGCAGAAACAGGAGCGGGUUGGGUCCUGUUAAAGAAGGAGAGCCUCAGUACGUGGUGGUGCAUUGCACGGGCUACAUCCGAUCCUGGCCUCCUGCAGGCGUUUCUUUGUCUGAAGACGAGUGCGAGAGCGGACAGGGCAACCGGUACUGUCUAGUCGCCAUUGGAAGGCUGCAGGUGACAUGUUGCCCCAGCGACACCAGCAUGAGCACCAUCACGGUGCCGGUGGAGUUCAUCUCUCGGCACAACUGCCAGGGGACGUUCACGUUUGUGGAUCAUCGCUGCGUGGCUACGGUGGGCUACCAGCCUCAGGAACUUCUGGGAAAGAACUUUCUAGAAUUGGCUCAUCCUGAGGACCAGGGACUCCUGAGGGACAGCCUCCAGCAGGUGGUAAAGCUCCGGGGUCAGGUCAUGUCCGUGAUGUUUCGCUUCUGCACCAAAUCAGGCGAGUGGAUCCUGAUGCGGACGAGCUCGUUCACCUUCCAGAAUCCGUUCUCGGAGGAGAUCGAGUACAUCAUCUGCACCAACACUAACGUCAAUAAAGCUCCGAAUCAGGACGCUCUCCCCCCCAUGUCCUCCCCCAGAGGGGUGUUAUCCCCCUCUCUGGGGCAGAACAGCCCCAGCCGCCCCCCAGCCUCCAGCCCAGGGCAGAUCAAACACGCCAGGCAGCUCCAGCAGCAGCAGCAGGCUGAAUUGGACGGAGGAGGAGGGAGAGAGGAAAUCUACGAGGCAGGACAGGUGGCUCUGCCUCAGGUUCCAGUGCAGCCAGUAGGACCAGAUCCUAAUCAUUCUAAGGUUCUGUCCUCCGCGGCACCCCCUACUGGACAGCAGGUUUAUACUCCUUCUGCCGCGUUCAGCGCUAACACACGCACCGAGUCCUUCAGGCAAGUGCCUACGGCAACCCAGAUGUUGUCACACAUGUCGCGUCAGAGCGCCCCCUCUGGUCUCCCUGUGAACAGCAGCAGCCCUGUUCAGAAUCAGAGUGCAAACCCUGUGCCCCCUGCAGCCUGGGCACAACCACGUGCUCCCUUCAGUGCACAGGCAGGGAAGAGUCAGUCACCCCAAUUUCCCAUGGGAAAUUUUAGCUCCGCCCCUUCCUCGUCAGCAUCCUCCUCUUUUGGACAAAUGGGUGGCGCUUCAGCUAGCAUUGCAGCCAACACGACUAAUUACUCACAGAUGAACGCUCGCAACCACCAGUCCACAAACGGAUAUGGUGACAUGAGCCAGUCGGGGCCGCAGUUCUCCUCUAGACCAGCAGAGGCAGCAGCAGCGUGGCAGCAGUGGCAAAAUCAACCACACACACAAAAUACAGUGGACGCGCAUCCUCAUAUACAGAACAGCCAACCAGAGAUGUUUACCGAUGUUCUGUCCAUGCUGGAUACGUCUGCCAACUUCAGCAACGAAGACUUUACCGAAAUGCCCAUGUUCCCUCCAUUUCCUGAGUGAUCCCUGUCAUUUUCUUUUAGCCUUUUUCUUUUCUUUCUUUGUCUCUUUCUUCUUCUUAUCUAGUUUAUCAAGAAACAAAACGAGGGGAGAUUUGUUGAUUGAUUUUUUUUUUUUUGGGCGGGGGGGGUGUAAAUUAAUGUCUCGUAUAGAGUCUUCCUCCGCGGAGGAAGCGGCUGUGUUCUAAUAACCACGCACAAGUGCACAAAGUGAGCACAAUCAGUCCAACACACUGAGUUAGGUUUAUCCCCUUGCGCCCCCAGAAACACGCACACACACACUCGCCCACACUUGGAGACAUUUGCAGUUUUACCCCAAACACGAGGACUGUGUCGAUGUUCAGUUUUAUAUUCAGUAGCGAGAAUUGUUUAUAUUUUACAAUAUUAUCACAGUAUAAUAGAUAUAUUUUUUUAAAAACGGGUGGUUCUUAUCACGCCUUCCAAAUGGGACUGCCUUUAUUGCACUGCCUAAAAAUGCUACCUAUGUAAGAUGCCUUUUCCCGAGCAGAGCACAGAGGUAGUGACGAUAUUUUACCAACAGAACAUUGCGAUUGUACAGCUGAUUAUGGACACGUGCCUAUGUAAAUUCACACAGUCACUGUUACCAUUUCCAUGGAAACCAUCGUUCAUUUUCUUCUGAAAGCAAUUAUUAUUAAUAUGAUUAUUCACAUUAUCACUAUGAAAAUGUGUCGUAAUUAGACUUAAAGGCACACAGACUUUCCUGACUUUUCUUUUAUUCGCUUUGUUUAUCAAGUGACUUGAUAAGUAGCUAAAAGAAUUUGGCAUGUAUCUGGUUAUGGUCUAAAAUGCAUAUGCAAAUUAGCAACCGCUCUAGUAUUUAUUUAUUUAAUGUUAAUUUCCUAAAUGACAAAUCUCCUCAUCCUGAUUUGCAUAUGCAAAUUAGCCACGCCUGUGUCAGCUGCAACUGUGGUGUUCUGUUAUUCAGUUUUCUUGCUCUCCUUUCUGACAAUCACUUUUGUUCAAUUUUGUUUUCUAAACCCAUUGAGUCCGUGUUUAAUAUACAUAAGUUGUUUUGUUUUUUAAAAUGUAAUUGAAUUGCAUUUUAAUUUAAUUCUGGGGGCAAUUUCAAUUUAUUAAAAAUAAGGCCGUAAAAAAGAAAGAUUGUGUACAAUCUAAAAUAAUGAUUUUUUUUUUCCUUUUUAACCCAAUACUUCAGAUGAAAGCUUGGGAUUAAUAGUUUGCAGUAGUUAUUAGUAGUUUAAAAGAAAAAAAUUUGUCAAAUGCAUUCAUCAUAAUGUCCAUGUGCAUGUCUGGGGAAGUGCCCUGAAUAUAAUUUAAAUAUGAAAGAUCGCAAAUAUUGAACUUUUUAAUUAUUUUUCCUCAACUAACUACCUAGAGUGUUAACCUGUGAUGCUCAAAUAAUUCCCGAUAUUUCUUUCUUUUCUUUUUUUUUUUCCUUGUUAAAGACAUUUGCAUUUACAAUAGUAAUUAAAAAAAAGUCUACACACCCCUGUUAAAAUAGCAGGAUUUUAUGCUGUAAGAUGAUAAAUCCACCUAUACAAUGCCACUGAAAACUAAAGUGACACACAUCAGAGAGAAAAAUACAAAUAAAAAAACUUAAUCUAAUCUUAUUGCAUAAGUGUGCACACUCUUUUAUAACUGGGAUAUAAAAUCAACCAAUCGUCAAGCUCGUGUGAAAUAGUAGUCAGUACACACGCGUUUCUUCAACUGACGUGACUCCGAUGAACGCUAAAUAAAUCUCAGUUGUUCUUUUAGGAUUUUUCUGACGUCUUGGUUGCAUCGUAGUGCAAAAGCCACGGCCACAAGAGCCCACGAGGGCUACAAAACAACGUCCAAGGCAUUAGAUGUACCAUAGAACACAGUGAAGACACGGACAUGAACAAGUGGAGAAAAUGUGGCAAAAGAAGACAGCGAGAAAACUUUGUCAGGGAGGCUAUCAAGAGGCCUACAGAAGAUUUCUGGCAAGUCGUGGUUGCUUCCUACAUGUGACAACCAUCUCCCGUAUUCUUCAUGUGUCUGGGCUAUGGGCCAGGGUUGCAAGACACGUAUAUCCAGUCUCCCAAAAGCAUCUGGAAAAAUGUGUUACGGUCUGAUGAGACGAAGA